UUUUGUUUGUUUUGAUUCUGGACGCGACUCAUCAACCAUCAACCAGAUACUCUACUUAGUACUUACAAUACUCUGUUUGACUCUACUUUACUCUGAUCUACUCUGAAGAAGACAAGUCAGUCUAUCAAAUCAUGGACAAAGAAGCAGCCCUCAGAAAUCUCGCACUAGAGCUAGACAGCCGUACAGCGCGGCUCAGAUCACAACAAGAGACACUCGCUCAAUCGCUGCUAACGCGCGGCGAGAUGCGCAUCAGUAGACUUCCCAGACAUAUUCGCACCAUGACUGUCUCUGCCUGGAUCGCACAGUCUACUGCGGUAGCGGAGUCUAAUGCUCCUAUUGUGCAUAAAACCGCACCGCUUGCCCUUGCGUCAGGCAAAUUACUGAAUGCAGGCGUCUCUAAACCACUUGCGAAGCGGAAAGCGAGUGCAUCACCGGUCAAGCAGGUAUCAGCCGCUAUCAAUCAGCCAUCUCAGGUAAAGCGAAUGAAACAAGCUUCUACUGCAUCUCCCCUCAAACCCUCCACAACCGGAGCAUCACGGCGAACACGUACAGCUGGGUAUUGAAGUAGAAAAAGAAGACCCAGAAUGAAGAUUAUGACUAUGGUGGUUGAUGGGUUUUGAGAAGCAAAGCGCAU